UUCUCUCUCUCUCUCUCUCUCUCUCUCUCUCUUCUCCGGUUGGUCUGUUCAAAUAUCCGGCCAUUGAUUAAUUGAUCAAUGGCGAAAGUAAGUCGAAAUUAUAUUAUGAUGUGCAUGUUGUUUAGCAUAUUGUUGAUCCUGGGCCAUUCAGUGGAAGCAGGGAAAGUGAGACACUUUAAAUGGGAUGUGGAGUACAUAUUCUGGUCUCCAGAUUGCGAAGAGAACGUGGUGAUGGGAAUCAACGGGCAGUUUCCGGGGCCGACGAUCAGGGCAACAGCCGGAGACACGGUUGUGGUUGAACUGACGAACAAACUGCACACAGAGGGAGUGGUGAUUCACUGGCACGGAAUCAGACAGUUGGGAACACCUUGGGCUGACGGCACUGCUUCUAUCUCACAGUGUGCCAUCAACCCUGGAGAGACCUUUUAUUACAGGUUCAAACUCGACAAGGCUGGAACAUACUUUUACCAUGGGCACUAUGGAAUGCAAAGAAGCGCAGGGUUGUACGGAUCUUUGAUAGUGGACGUCGCAAAGGGAGAUAAGGAGCCUUUUCACUACGACGGCGAGUUGAACUUGCUGCUGAGCGACUGGUGGCACGAAAGCGUUCACCACCAAGAAGUUGGCCUCUCUUCCAAUCCAAUGCGUUGGAUCGGUGAACCACAGAGUUUGCUAAUGAAUGGAAGGGGCCAAUACAACUGUUCUAUAGCGGGAGCGCACUAUAGCAAUUCCAGCUCCACCAAGUGCAGUUUAAGAGGAGGGGAACAAUGCGCCCCCAAAGUUUUACAUGUUCUUCCCAAUAAGAUCUACAGGCUCCGAAUCGCCAGCACUACUGCCCUUGCUUCCCUCAAUUUGGCCAUUGGGAAUCACAAAUUGGUGGUGGUGGAAGCGGAUGGAAAUUACGUCCAACCAUUUGCAGUUGAUGACCUGGACAUCUACUCCGGCGAGAGCUACUCAGUGCUGAUAACCACAAACCAAGACCCUUCCAACAACUACUGGGUUUCAGUCGGAGUAAGAGGAAGAGAACCCAAGACUCCUCAAGGCCUCACCCUCCUCAAUUACAACACCAACUCCCCCUCCAAGCUCCCCACUUCUCCGCCUCCAGUCACUCCUAUCUGGAAUGACUACGCCCACAGCAAGUCCUUCACCACCAAGAUUCUUGCCCUAAUGGGAUCCCCACAGCCCCCCAAGACCUUCCACCGUCGGAUCACCCUACUCAACACCCAAAACAAAAUGAACGGCGGAUACACCAAGUGGGCCAUCAACAACGUCUCCCUAACCCUACCCCCGACUCCUUACUUGGGCUCCAUCAAGUACGGCUUAAAGAACGCUUUCAGCCUCGUGAACCCGCCGGAGAACUUCCCCAACGACUACGACGUCAUGAAGCCGCCGGUCAACCAUAACACGACCGCCGGGAAUGGGGUUUACACGCUGGCAAUCAACACCACGGUGGACGUGAUUCUUCAGAAUGCUAAUGCGCUGAGCGAGAAUGUAAGCGAGAUACACCCGUGGCAUCUUCACGGUCAUGACUUCUGGGUGUUGGGUUAUGGAGAUGGCAAGUUUGAUCGGAAGAGAGACGAGAGAAAGUUCAACCUGAAGAAUCCUCCGCUGCGGAACAGUGCGGUGAUAUUUCCUUACGGGUGGACCGCUCUGCGGUUCGUGGCGGACAACCCAGGAGUGUGGGCUUUUCACUGUCACAUUGAGCCGCAUUUGCAUAUGGGCAUGGGAGUCGUCUUUGCCGAAGGUGUUCAACAUGUCAACAACAUACCCAAUCAAGCUCUUGCUUGCGGUCUCACCGGAAAGAUGUUUACGACCAGAGCUGCCAACCAUACUAAUUAAUAAAUAAUCAAUUAAUUAAUUAGUUAGUACUUAACUAUAUCUUCCAUGCACUACGUCAAGUGUUGCUUUAGUUUAGUUCCUUUAAUAUUUGAUAUGUCCUGUGUAUGGUGUUGAACUGCAAUAUGCAGUCAAGUAGUUUGGAGAGUGGACACCUAGCUACCCAGCUUCGUCUAAAGUAUUUGUAUUCGAAUGAGAAAAAUUUAAGCGAUAUUGCCACUCUUAUUCUUUUUA